AGGUUCGGCUGAAGGCGAGAAGAAGAAAAGCAGCAGCAGAGCGAUAAGACGGACGGAUUUUUACUCUUGGUGCAAAGUUGCAGUGAAAAAAUAGAGAACCCGUUUCGGGGACACAACAAAAGCGGACAAAACUUGCGUCAUAUCGUCGUGCGGACGGUUGGUUUUCACCGGGAAGUGUUUGCCGGAACAGAGGAUCGGUCCGAAAGCGGUAAUAAGCAGCUGCAGCAGCAGGAGACAUUCGUGAUCAUUUGGAACUGUAGCAGGAUAGCACAUAUCCUUUGCAGUAGCAAAGUGGAAGUUCUGGGGAGCACAGUGAGUCGAUCCCCACGAAGGAAAAUGCAUCGAGCGUUGGUUUGUCGACGGAAAUAGAAAGGAAACAACAGUAUCGUGACUAUCGGCGAACAGAAAAAGGAAGGAGCAAGGAUUUUUGGAAGGUAGAGAAAUAGGAAGAAGGAAAACAAACAUGGCCAGCAGGAAGCGCACGGUUCGUGUAUUCAGUCUGUUGGUGAUAUUCCUGCAGCUGGAGGCUCAGGCUAAGUCGGAACAGCCCCAGCAGCAGCAACAGCAAAGCGAUCAGCUGAGUUUUGGCGCACAGGAAAUGUUCUCGUCAUCGUCGCAGGAUUUGAUGGACGAAAUGUUUCAAAGAGGUGAGGCAGUGAGUAGAGGUGUAGGAGGAUUAGGGACAGAGAAAACGAGCCCGGAGUUAGUGGGGAAUUUAGUUUUCCAGCCGAGCUUGCUAGAUUUCCUCGAACGCUCGAUCGGCGAUCCGCACAACCAGGUGGUAAUCCUGAUCAAUAAGCAUAAGAGUCGAAGUCUGUUUCUUGGUUCGAUAUCCGGCAGUACUCCGGAUUUUUACAGCUCUUACUUCAAGGAAACGGUCAUCCCUCCUGAAGGGAAUACCACGUUCAACGUAGUGUUUCUGCCUCGACAGCUUGGGGCAACGGCGGGGUCCAUCGAGAUUCACACCUCGUUCGGGCUAUUGCAGUAUCAUGUCAAGGGAAAAGGAAUCGAAUGCCCGUAUCGGCUGAAACCAUUGGUAGGCCUUAGGGCCCCACUGAAUGCUACGCUUACACCUGAGAUUACCCUAUAUAAUCCUCACGACACACCGCUUCAGAUCGUGGAAAUCUACAGUAGUGGCGGUAACUUCCAGCUGGAGCUGCCCAGUGGAGCUCAGGAAGGGCCACAAGCUCUAUGGGAGAUCCCUCCGCAUAGCACCAGGAGUGUGAUCCGCGUUCGAUUCCACGGAAAGACACCUGGAAAUCAUACGGCUUACGUAAGGAUUAAAAUAUCUGGCGGUAGCGACGAGCCAACUCUCAUCGACAAAAUGUUGGUGGUUCCGAUCGAAAUCGAAAUACAGACAGAAACGGGCCUCUACACCAGGAUGCCAUUCUUGGACCUAACCAUCGGUGAUACAAAGGAAAAUAUCACUAAAAUAAGUUGGAAUCUGACAAAUUCCGGCGAACGUCCAGUCUUUAUUCUUAGCUGGGGUGUUGAUGGCGAGAUUGUUCACAGCUCAAAAGUACACAUCACCCGGCAGCCGCACAACAAGGUCCACUUGGAGAUAGACUGGUCGAAAAUAUCUCCAGAUAGGAUACUGGUCACGGGGCUAGUUCAUGUGGGCUAUACAUUCGAAGGAUCUAGAGAAGAUUUAGGAUUAUACUACCAUAUUCCAAUCUCAGUGCAGGUUCUCAAAGGAAGUCUUAAAUACGAUCCCGAAGUUCUGAAAUUCCUCACAUCCGAAGACGACGACCAACAGUCGAAUCAAAACUCGCAACUUCAAAUCCCUCGCCGUGUUGUGAUCCGGAACAACUUCAACGUGCCAUUAUCAAUCUCAAACAUCAGCGUACCUGAGAAUUGCUCGCGGAAUUUCCGAAUCGAAGGAUUCCGACCCAAGGUUCUGCAGCCGGAUCAGGAGGAAACCCUUCUCCGGAUAUCCCGAAUCCUCACCGACAGUUUGAACCGGUCCAUCGCGUCCUACAUCCGUCUGAUGACGAACAUCACCGACUACGAACUUCCCGUCUACAGCUAUACCGGGAAGCUCAAACGGAUCCUACCCUUCUCCACCACAACCAUCCGCCCUCCCGCAGACUACGAAAAGCUGGACCUGGACGAGAAGGAACUGAACUUCGGCAUCCUUCCGAUCUCGACGAUCGGCGAAACGCUGAUUGCCUUUUUCAACGCCAACCCUGAGGAGAUUGCGAUCCGCCACUGGAAAGGAGCCAUCACUUCGGAGGGUUUCGGUGCGCCUACCAUAACCGUAAUCUUGCGAGGCUGCGGACCACACGAGGGCGAAAAUCUCAUAUUCUGUCACACCAUUCUGCCGCAGCAUUGGAUGGUGUUUCAGGUCAGCGUGCAGUCCAGUACGACGGACAGCUAUCAUGGCAAGUUCAGCAUAACCACCGACUACGAGGAGAUUGUGACACCGAUUAGCUUCACCACAGCUGUCGGAAAGCUGGAACUCAACAGGGAGCUGUUACACUUUGAAAACUGCUUCCCGGGCAAGCUAUGUUCACUUAAUCUGACGGCCCAUUCAACGUUCCUAUCGAAGAUCCACGUGGAGGGUAUCAAGACCGAUGUGGACGGAAUCGAGUUCACGGUGGAAAGCCGGCAGCCGGUGAUUCACCCGAACACGGUGACCAACAUCGGCCGGUUGGUGUUCGAUCCGAAGGUGAUUUGCAAGAUGGACUGCUACAGUAGCUUCGAUUUGCUUUCGAAACCGUUCGGGGUCAAGUGGAUGGCCACAUUGGACAACUACGAACAGUAUCGGAAGUUGGACAGCGAGAAACUGCUACAACAGCUGCAGCUGUACUCGGAAAUGAAGCAGUCCUGGAAGAGUAUCCGGUUUCAGCUGACUACGGAUCCGAUCCGGAAGUUUGAGUUCAAUGCGACGGUGGAUCUGGUGUGGCCAAAGCUGCUGACGGAAAAUAUCCACUUUCCUACGCUGCAGAUAGAGCAAGAGGCGGUGAAACUUAUUACCAUUAACAAUCCGUCGGAUCAAAUUCUGUUCGUGCAUUUGGUGCUGCACGAUGUAAAUGUCCAUGGGAACGAUAUCAGUGCGUUGCCGCCAGAGAUAUUGUCCAACUGUGAGAAUUGUAGCUUGAGUGAGGAGAACGUGUUUUCAUUCUUCCUGUUCGACUACGACGAUAUCUAUGUGAACUACGUGAAGCCGAACUCGUUCCUGAAGAUAGCAGUAAAGUUCACGUCCAAAGUGCCAGGGACUUACUCGACCGUUUUCUACAUGCGCAACAAUCUUACCCUGAUAGAUGCGGUUUGGAUACAAGCCAAAGCUGUGGUACCGCAGUUCAAGUUUGGCAACAGGAAGCCUGGGUCUCCUACGGCGUUGCAGUUUGAAAUAACGGAUAAGCAUCUGAAAACGUGUGCAAAGUUCCAGGAACCGGGUGUUGAUGAGAUCGCGCUCGCAAUUCAAACGAAGCGUUCGUUUACGGCGCGCAACUAUGGCGAGGUUCCCAUUGCGAUAUCUGGUAUUCGGGUGGAGGAUAUCCUUUGCGAAGGAUACGGUUUCAAAGUGUUCGAUUGUUCUCCCUUUGAACUGCAGCCGAAUGCGAGCAAGAAGAUUGAAAUAGCAUUCUCUCCUGACUUUACCCUGGCGAGGGUCACGAGGACGCUAAACUUCGAUACUAACAUAAACUUUCCCGUGAAUUUUACCCUGCUGGGAACUGUUCCAGCUCAUAGAUUGGAAUCUUGUAGCUUAAGUCUAAAGAGGCCGUGGUUCGAGCCGGUACUGAAAAUCAUCCUGAUCUGUGUGCUUUCGUUGGCUUUCGUGGGCACUCUAAUGGCCGCAUUCCUGGAUGCGAACAAUGUCAUAAAGGAUCACAUUAUCAACCUGUCCAGAGAUAGAGGCCCCAUUCAACCACCAUUGGAUCUUCGACAGAUUGCCCUGCAGAGUCCGACCGCUACGGACGACGUCAGUGCGGAUAAAGUUCCAGCCAAUCAGAACAACUCUCGAAACAACCAAGUUCAUAGUGCAAAAAAGAAACCUUCUACCAAACAGCUCAACUCGAAAGUUCCCAAUGGUAAUGCAUUCAACAAAACUUGGAACGAUUUCACCUCGAAACUGGGAAGAGGUUUCAAUUCCAAGUCAACGGAGCCCACGACGAGCAAAUCCUCACCGGAAACGGACAAGCGGUCUCAGAAGAGCCGUCGAUCUAUUACUCCUCCCAAGGAGGAAAUCCCGCCUCUCGGGUUGAGUUCAAAUCACCUCGUAUCCACUCCCACCACCACCACCACCAGCAGCACCAAAGAACGUAACAAAGUUGCAAUCGAAGACGAUUCCAGUUCCACUACGACGGAAAGCUCGGAAACAUCAUCCUCAACAAUGUCCUCGUUGUCGGUCUCAUCACUAACUUCGCCUUCGUACAAAUCGACCUUAUCCGAUUCCAAACCAACCAAAUUAUCUACCACGGCCAAUCAUCAUCAGCAUCACGCUCCAAGCAGAACUCCUACCAGUGACUUAAAACCAGAAUCUAGUUCUACAGUCAGCGUGAGUACCAGCCAAAACCACAUCAUCAACUACGGUCAUCAUCAUCAUCAGCAGCAGCAGCAACAGCAACAACAGACGAAAGCAACGGUAUCAUCUCCACAACAACCACCAGCAGUCAAACUGAACGUGAAAAAGACCAAGAGCCUACCGAUUGGUUACGAGUCGGCUGGUAUUUCACUUGCACUGGGUACAUCGAUUGUCAUGACGCCGCCAAAACCGGCAGCUGCGUCAAUGGCAAAAGAAAUCAACGGAACCACGGCAAACAGCAACGCAGGACUGCGCAACAACGGCGGCAAGAAUAAUCACCAUGGGAGUGAAAAAUCAUCGUCCGGAAAGGGACCGGGCGGAAAGAAUGGGGCGGACAAGUUUAGGGAGCAUUCCGGGAAGGAAAAUGGCAGCGCCUUCGGUGAACACGGUGGAAAGAACGACUCGUCCCAGCCAAAGAAAUUCGGAAAAACUCCUGGCCGCGAGCGCAAAUCCAACAACAACAACAAAAAGGGUUCCAACUCCAAGUCCAUGCACAAGGCCCAGGCCCUGCAGUACUCUUCGUCAAACUUCGGUGCCAAAGGAGGUAACAACAAUGGCACGGGUGCCGGAUGCUUCUUCACCAGUAACAACAUCCCUACCAGCAGCAGCCAGGUCCCAACGCCACCCAACGUUUGGGGUGAAAAUCGCGCUCGCUUCAGUGACGUUGUAGCCCAAGCCACCUUGGAAAAACCGACCGCCAACGCCAGCGGCAAUGCUUUGGGUGGUGCAGCCAAGAUGUUGAAUUUUGAUUUGAUGGGUGGAAAUAGUUUUGGCGUUGGUACUUCUUCAAAUCCGAUGGCCUUAUCCAUCGGAUCCGAUCAGCUUCAGGGUGAUGCUUCGAAAGUGGCUGCUUCUCUGUUCGGUAAGCCAAAGGAUGACGGUCUCGUUGCGGUGGAAAAGGAUCUGAACACUGACGUUGGCUCAGAGCUGGGCCCUAUUGGAACUUCCAAGAAAUCCCCAUCGACAACGCCAAAAUGUUGGGAACCGUUCGGCAAUGUCAUUCAACGGCCCACACCUGUUUCCAUCGGUAAUAAUCUAACCAACUCGGAUAGCUAUUUUUCGCAAGCUUUUGGAGACUACAACCAUGGUGGAGAUCAGUUCCGUGGGGCUACUUCACUCCAGGCGAAUAGACCGGAUCUUCAAGCGCAGUCGGCUUUCGGAGGAUUGAACAACAACCAUGGCUUGAGUGCUUCUGGGGGAAUGGAUCCCGUCGGCGACUUGAACCAAAUGGCACUGGACCAACGCGUUUGGGAUGCUAACAGACUUUGGCAAAUGAUGCAAAAGAACGAAGAAAUGAAUUCUGCUUCGCUGAUGGACUGGAAUUCACUUUGGACUUCCCCUUCAGUAUUCCCUCAGGCUAAUCACCUGCAGCAUCAAUCCAACCAGGCUGUGUCGGCUAUGCACAUGAAUUCGCGUUUGACUAACAACUGGCUCAAUCCGGAUGCGACGUCGCGUCCACCGCAGAUGCCUCUUCGGGCUCCGCCAGGUUUUUCUCCUGUAAAGCCCAACCCCAAUGCAUCUCUAUUGGCACAGGCACAUCAACUGAACGUUAUGCACCAUCAACAUCAGCAGCAACAACAACAACUCCAACAACAGCAACAACAGCAGCAGCAGCAACAGCAGGAUUCGAAUGGGGUCAAUGCUAACGCCUCCUCCGUUCCGACGUACGACCCUUUCCGUCUAAGCUCAAUCUGGGCACCGGCCAACUCCGGUGGCGAUGUUUGGAAUGAGAAGAAGUGAAGAAGAGACAACCGACAACAACUAAACAGAUUCAUGCACUCUGUUUUUUCAUGAACAAAGGAAAUAGUAUCACUGCUGUUUUUUUACUUUUCUAUUUUAUUUUAUUCUAUGAAUUAGUUUUUACCGCAACCGUAGAUACUCAGAAGAAGAAGGUUUUGAAUUAGGACUUAUUUUUUGUCAGUUUUGAACGCGCUGUGAUUAAACCACAAAGCUAUCAUUUUUUUGUCACUAAUCUUUCUACGUUCAGUUUCUAAUCAUAUUGUUUUAGUUUUCCAAAAUACUAACAAUGCACUUGAGUUCAUUACUUCCCUUUAGUUUUUUGAAGGCUUCUCCUUUAGAUAGCCUAGAGAGCAGCAAUGUGGUGGAAUAGGUCGAACGUCGAAGCAGAAUUUGCAAAAUAAUUGAAUUCGAACACUUCGAAAUAAACAAACAAGUUUAAAUUGGAAGUCUUACAUAAAAAAAUAUUCAAUACUUAUAAUAUCCUUAACACACAAAUGAGAGAAAGAUGCUAAAAUUAACAAUUAAACAUGAAAGUAAAUUGUAUCAAGAAGAAGAGGAGAAGGACGAUCGGACUUGGUUUCGAACAUGGUUCCAAUAUUGUACGCGAUUGCAAGUGAAAUAAGAAACUCGAACACACACACAGACACGUCUUUAACAAUGAUGACAACCACACGCUAAUGGAUCUUACGCUGAUGAUGAUGAUUGGAUACUCGAGCAAGAAUAAUAAAAACAAACAAAAUUGAAAACA